AUGAACCCCAACCCCACCGCAAAGGCAGGGUCACGACAUGAUCUUGACGACGUCUCGCUGGGCCGAUACCUCGCAGAGUCGAGAUCGAUACCGGGUCUGAAGGUACCGGUUGCGACGACCAAGAUUGGUUACGGACAGAGCAAUCCGACUUAUUUUGUCGACGAUGCCGGAGGUACUCGCUACAUUCUUCGCAAGAAACCCGCUGGGACGAUCAUCAGUCCGGUGGCCCACCAGGUGGAUCGCGAAUACCGCGUGCUCAAAGCCCUGGGAACUGUUGACGGGUUUCCUGUGCCGAAGGUAUAUACGCUAUGCAUGGACUCGAAUGUCAUAGGGACGCCGUUCUAUGUCAUGGAGUUUGUCAAGGGAAGGAUAAUUACAGAUCCGGACCUGGGCGAACUGUCGCCCUCGGAUCGAAGAAAGGCUUGGAUCUCCCUGGUCGAGACGCUUGCCUGGCUACACAGCAUUGACCCGGACGCCAUCGGACUGGGCACGUUUGGCAAGAAGACGGGCUUCUACAAACGGCACUGCAAUACCUUUUCCCGCAUAGAAGCCCAACAAUCCAAAGUCAAGGACGCGAAGACAGGCAGGGUCCUAGGCCGAGCGCACGAGCAUUUCGACGAGAUCAUCGACUUUGUCAGGCAUGAGAUGACCAGCGAGAGGUAUGCCGUCGUGCACGGCGACUUCAAGUUUGACAACGUGAUCCUCCACCCGACCGAACCGCGCGUGAUAGCGAUCCUCGACUGGGAACUGUCGACGAUCGGCAACCCGCUCAUGGACGCCAUCUACGUGAUCUCGCCCUUCUGGAUCGACUUCCACAAAGCAUCCCCCCACGACCUCACCGCGACGUCCUCGCCGUACGCGCCCGCCAACCGCGCCACGUCCGGCAUGCCCGACCCGGACGAGCUGCUCGACCGAUACAGUCGGAUCACGGGCUUCGAUCCGCGGCGCGAGGGCCACCCGCCGGGCAAGGACUUUGAAAUCGCAAAGAUCUUCCACUACGUGCGCGGCGGCACCAUCAGCCAUGGCAUCCAGGCGCGCACGUACGCGGGCCAGGCGAGCAGCGAUUUCAGUCACGUCUAUUUCCAGAAUACGCGCAAGAUGCUCGACGCCGCGUGGGGGAUGGUCAGGCGCAUGAAGGGCCGAGGGGGUGAGGGAGAGGGAGAGGAGAAGGCGAGGUUAUGA